AUGACCCUGGAAUUUUCCUGUAUACCGUCCGCUACAAGCGUCGGCUUCCUGCAGGCAGCCCUCGCGGCGGCAAGCCAGCCCUUUGACACAGUGGUCGUCACCAACUCCGCCCGCCCCGACUUUGCGUCGCUCCUGUGGAACGCUGAUGGCACAGGCAGAUACAGGGGCUAUGUCAUGUACCCGCCGUUGGAGUCGAUGAGCCUCCUCACACCCGCCGAAAUUGGCGUAUUUUGGGACUACCAGGCCAAGACCGGCAUCAGGAGCAUCAAGUACGGCGCCCCCGCCCCCACAAUCGGCUACGGCGCGUCCGUGCCCGGCGCCGUGAAACAGCUUUACUGGACGGCGGCCGCGCCGUUCGGCACGUCUGGUGUCUCGGCAACCGCCAUGCUCGCGGCCGAUGGUGCUGGCCUGCUCAUGUGA